AUGGCGUCCGGAGGCGGCGGCAAUAUCAAGGUCGUGGUGCGAUGCAGGCCCUUCAACGGCCGAGAAAAGGCGCGCAAUGCCCAGUGCAUUGUGCAGAUGAAGGGCGACCAGACCAUCCUCUCGCCGCCCUCAAACACCGACAUCAAGGGCAAGGCCGCCAAGGCUGCCGCCGAGGGCACAAAGACAUUUGCCUUCGACCGCUCCUACUGGUCCUUUGACCGCGACGCCCCCAACUAUGCCGGCCAGGACAACCUGCACGAGGAUCUGGGCAAGCCGCUGCUCGACAAUGCCUUCCAGGGCUACAACAACUGCAUCUUUGCAUACGGCCAGACGGGCUCGGGCAAGUCGUAUUCCAUGAUGGGCUACGGCCAGGAGUACGGCAUCAUCCCCAAGAUUUGCCAGGACAUGUUCGAGCGCAUCAAGGGGCUGCAGCAGCAGGACACAAACUCGACGUGCACCGUCGAGGUCUCGUACCUGGAAAUCUACAACGAGCGCGUGCGCGACCUGCUGAAUCCCUCCAACAAGGGCAAUCUGCGAGUGCGAGAGCAUCCCUCGACCGGUCCCUACGUCGAAGACCUGGCCAAGCUCGUCGUCCAGUCCUUUGCCGAGAUUGAGAACCUCAUGGACGAAGGAAACAAGGCCCGUACCGUUGCCGCGACAAACAUGAACGAGACGUCCUCGCGAUCCCACGCCGUCUUCACCCUCACCCUGACCCAGAAGCGCCACGAUGUCGAGACCAGCAUGAGCGGAGAAAGAGUGGCAAAGAUUAGUCUGGUCGACUUGGCAGGAUCAGAAAGAGCCCAGUCCACGGGCGCAACCGGCGCGCGCUUGAAGGAGGGUGCAGAGAUCAACAGAUCGCUAUCGACGCUGGGUCGUGUCAUUGCAGCGCUUGCAGACCAGUCACAGGGCAAGAAGAAGGCCCAGGUGCCAUACCGAGACUCCAUCUUGACAUGGCUUCUGAAAGACUCGCUGGGAGGCAACAGCAUGACGGCCAUGAUUGCUGCCAUUUCGCCCGCCGACAUCAACUUUGAGGAAACGCUUUCGACCCUUCGAUACGCAGACUCUGCCAAACGAAUCAAGAACCACGCCGUCGUCAACGAGGACCCCAACGCGCGCAUGAUCAGAGAACUCAAGGAAGAGCUGUCGAAACUGCGCUCCCAAUUAGGCGGCGGUGGUGGGGGCGGCGGAGCUGGCUCAAAUGGCAUCAUGGAGGAACAGUACCCACCCGACACACCGCUAGAAAAGCAAAUGGUCUCCAUUACCCAGGCCGACGGAUCAACCAAAAAGGUCUCCAAGGCCGAAAUCGCUGAGCAGUUGGAUCAAUCGGAGAAGCUCUACUCCGAGUUGAAUCAGACGUGGGAAGAGAAGCUGCAAAAGACAGAGGAAAUCCACAAGGAGAGGGAGGCUGCGCUGGAAGAGCUUGGAAUCAGCAUUGAAAAGGGCUUUGUCGGCCUGUCGACACCCAAGAACAUGCCGCAUUUGGUAAACUUGAGUGACGACCCGCUCCUGACCGAAUGCCUCGUCUACAACCUGAAGCCAGGCACCACCACGGUGGGCAAUUCUGAUGUCGACGGCCAAACUGCACAGAUCCGUCUGAACGGCGCCCAGAUUCUUGCCGAGCACUGCCACUUUGAGAACGUCGACGGCAAGGUGACGGUGAUACCCCAAGAGAGUGCCAGCGUCAUGGUCAAUGGUGUUCGCAUUGACAAGCCAAGGUUGCUCAAGAGCGGCCAUCGCAUCAUCCUGGGCGACUUCCAUAUUUUUCGCUUUAACAACCCCCAAGAAGCAAGGGCUGAACGCGCCGAAGUAGGGACGAGCCUCCUCCGACACACGGUCACCGCUGGCCAGCUCGGCGGUUCUCCUUCGCCCGCACCUAGACCCGGUCAUGACAGAUCUUUCAGCUCCAUCAGUGUAGCCAACAGCGACUUUGACCAAGAUAGUCCGAGGGCAGGGUCGCCUGCUUUUUGGCAACGUGGUCGAGAGUCGGAAUUUUCGUAUGCGCGAAGAGAGGCCCUGACUGCGUGGCUGGGGCCAGAUAAACGCAUUGAAAAUCUGCCAGACGAGGAUUUUGAGGCGCUCUACGAAGACCUCAGCAGACUGCGCGAAACGCGAAAAGCACGGCCUGAACGGCCUGAGCGACCUGAAAGUCGGAUGAUCAGCGACGAAGGUGACACAGAGUCCAUGUCUUCGUAUCCGGUCAGGGAGAAGUAUGCCUCUGGAGGCACACUGGACAAUUUCUCGCUCGAUACCAUGCUGACGAUGCCUUCUACCCCGCAACAGGAGGGCAGUGAAAAGAUGCAAGAGAUACGAGAGGAUAUGCAGAACCGGAUAGACCGACAGAAGGAGGACUUCCAGUCCAAGCUUAAGGCUGAUGAGGAGGCCAAGGUGGAGUUGGAAGAGCUACGGGCUGCAAAGGAACAGAUGCAGAAGCAACUAAAGGAGCAAAAGGAGGCAUUUCAGCGCCAAUUGAAAGAGCUUGGACAUGAAAUUCCGCUGGACAUGGACACCGAACUGGAUAUCAAGGCAUUGAACUCACCAAAGAAACAAGACGAACGACAGCUCGAACUGAUUCGCUCGGUACUCAAGCAGUGGCGGCGAAGGAAAUACGUCACCAUGGCCGAGACGCUUUUACAAAAUGCCGCCAUUUUGAAAGAGGCUCAGGUCAUGAGCCAGCAAAUGGACAAGCGAGUCGUGUUCCAGUUCUGCAUUGUUGACGUUGGCCAUACAGUCCCGUCAUCCUACGACUUGGUAAACAUGGGCAUUCCAGGGGAAGAUGAUGAAUAUCUCGAUACCCAGUCGAAGCCAUGCGUCGGCGUGCGCGUCAUUGAUUUCAAAAACGAGGUCGUCCACCUAUGGUCGUUACAGAAACUCCGCGAUCGCGUGCGUCGAAUGCACCAAGUGCACCAGUACAUGAAUCGACCGGAAUUCUUUCAGCACCUCAAUCCAGAGUCGCCCUUUUCCGACCCAUGUAUGCCCGAGUUUACACGAAUUGGUGAUGUCGACGUGCCACUGGCUGCCGUGUUCGAGUCGAGAGUGCGAGACUUUAGCCUGGAUGUAAUUUCGCCGUAUACGUCGAACCCCAUUGGCAUCAUCCGAUUAUCGCUAGAACCUUCGUCUGCCGAGGCACCGUCGACAACGCUCAAAUUCAACGUUGGUAUGCAUGAAAUGGUUGGGUUUUCAGAGCGAGAGGGGACAAAGGUGCAUGCUGUGCUCUUCGUCCCUGGCAUAUCAGACGAGAGCGGUGCAACGACUACGACGUGGAUUACUGAUUUCAAUGAGAGUCCUAUCCGUUUCGAAAGCGUUCACAGUAUGAGCCUUCCGUACCCGAGCCCACGCGAUACGUUUCUUCGGAUUUCCAUCUUUGCCAAGGUGUCCGACAUCCAUCUCGACAUGCUGCUCAGCUGGGAUGAUAUGCGCGACUCGGCGGACAAGCCGAAACAGAAACGUCGCAAUGCACGUCUACCAGAAUCCGAGUUCUAUACAGAAGACACGCAUGACAUCUUCGCUCGCAUACAGAUUCAAGAGAUCACAGACGAUGGCACGUAUCAGCCUGUUGAGGUCACACAGAGCAGCGUCAUGGAUCAGGGUGUCUAUCAGCUCCACCAGGGUCUAGCACGUCGCAUUGUUGUGAACCUCACGCAUACUUCGGGUGAGACAAUACAAUGGGAAGGCGUCAAGUCGCUGCGUAUGGGUCACAUCCGGAUGGUCGAUGCGGCAGGCAAUGCCCCCAACUAUGGCUCGCCCGUCAAGGAGGUUCCAGUCGAUCUGAUUUCGCCGCCCCUCGUCCGGAACAACGCAGAUGGUACAACAAAUGUCAAGUUUGUUGGACGAUGGGACAGCACUGCACACGCCUCGCAGAUUCUGGACCGCGCGACAAAGGACAACUUCCGCGUCCGGGCCACUCUUCUCUUCGAUGUCAUGGCUGCAAAGCUCAUUGAGCCAAUGACGUUUUCCUUUGACCUCUAUGUGCAGAUCCGCGGUCGCUCCUACAUGCGUCCGACGUCGCUCUUUUCCCUCGCCAAUAUUUGGAAUACAGUCAAGAUUGUUCACUCAACAGUGGGAAUCUUCAACGUAGCAAUACGCCCAACGUCUGUAAAGCGUGCAACAGAUCUCUGGCGUAUGAACACAAAAGACGAUUACAUAAAGGGCGAAGAGCAGCUCGCAGGCUGGACGCCCCGCGGUGUCUCCCUAGUGCGUGAUUUCAUCAAUGUUGAAAAGCGCCGUCGUCGUGUGGCCGAAAUCGAAACCGCGCGCUCUGUCCUCUCCCCCAAGGCCCUCAGCGUACCCACGUCUACGCCUGGAUCCAAGGACAAGCCUCUGGACGAUGGACAGAAAGAACUCCUUCAACGCAUCAUUUCACUGUGGAAGACCAAGAAGGCCCCAGCGGAAGUCAUACUCAAUUCUACGAACCUCGAACCACCCACAAACGGUGCCGCUUUUGCACCACGGUCAGCUUCUCCUUCGCCAAACCCGACGCCUACUUUGACGGCUACGGUGCGCUUCAUACCCAAGAAUCCAAAUCUCAUGAAGGCAUCGUACCUUCUCACGCCAGACCCGACAAAUACACGUUGGACACGACGGUACGUUGAGUUACGGAAGCCGUAUCUCCACCUGUACUCGACGGACGGUGAUGAACUCAACGCCAUCAACAUUAGCACAGCACGCAUCGACCACUCUCCACAGAUUGCCAAACUGCUGGGUGGAGGGCAUAACCAACACAGCAAUAGUGCCAAUGGAAGUGGGAGUGCAGGAGUGUACAAGGAUGUCGUUUUUGCCGUUUUUGCGAGAUCCAAUACGUAUAUUUUCCGUGCAAGGAGCGAGAGGGAGAAGAUUGAGUGGAUUCUGCGACUGGAUCAGAGCUAUUUUAGUAGUGGUGAAGGGAGUGAGGCGAGCGCGUGAUUACUAAUGAAUUGUCGGGAAGUGUAAUGGGACACGUGCACACGGCCUCGUAGUUUCGAGGCCGUUUGCUUUUUCUUGUUUUGUUGUUGUACGAUAGGGACCGUUUCCUGCUUCUCGGCGUUGCUUGUUGGCUUUCAUGGGAUACCCC